CGCAUUGGAUCUUGCUCCGAAUAAACGUAUAGUAUUACGUGAUCCUCGAGAUGAUGCAAGACUAGCCAUUCUAACUAUUCAAGAUAUCUAUCGACCAAAUAAAAUUGAGGAAGCAAUAAAGGUUUUCGGUGACAAUGAUCUUGCUCAUCCUAGUGUAAAAUAUCUUCAUAAUCAUGUUAAAGAAUACUAUAUGGGUGGAAAUGUUGAGGCGAUCCAAGCUCCCACUCAUUAUGACUAUAUAUCGCAUAGAUAUACACCGGCUGAACUUAGAGCUCAUUUCAAAAAACUUAAUUGGACACGUGUUGUAGCUUUCCAAACACGAAAUCCAAUGCAUCGCGCUCAUCGUGAGUUAACUGUUAGAGCUGCGAGAAUUCGACAAGCAAAUGUUCUCAUUCAUCCAGUAGUCGGUUUAACCAAACCUGGUGAUAUUGAUCAUUACACAAGAGUUCGUGUAUAUCAAGCUAUCAUGCCAAAAUAUCCUAAUGGAAUGGCUACUCUUAGCUUAUUACCUUUAGCAAUGAGAAUGGGUGGUCCAAGAGAAGCUCUUUGGCAUGCAAUUAUCAGAAAAAAUUUUGGUGCUACUCAUUUCAUUAUUGGUAGAGAUCAUGCUGGCCCUGGAAAGAAUUCAAAAGGCGUAGAUUUUUAUGGUCCUUAUGAUGCACAAGUACUCGUUGGAAAAUACAAAGAUGAAUUACAAAUUGAAGUUGUACCAUUCCAAAUGAUGACAUAUCUUCCUGAUUCUGAUGAGUAUAUGCCAAUUGACGAAAUACCAAAAGGUACUCAAACAUUAAACAUCUCGGGCACUGAAUUACGAAGGCGUCUUAGAAGUGGUCUUCAAAUUCCGGAAUGGUUUUCAUAUCCUGAAGUUGUAAAAGUACUUCGAGACACACAUCCUCCAAGAUCAAAACAAGGCUUUACCUUGUUCUUUACUGGUUAUUAUAAUUCUGGUAAAGAUUUAAUUGCUAAAGCUUUACAAGUUAUACUUAACCAACAAGAUCAAAAUAUCGCUCGUAUAGGAUUUGUCUCUGGAGAACUUACAAAAGCUGGUUCUGCUGUUAUUGCUGCGCCGAUCGCUCCGUAUGCAGACGCACGAGCUCAUAGAGCACAAUCUGGAGAGAUUAAAGGUUUUACGGGCAUUGAUGACCCAUAUGAAAUACCAACUGAUGCAGAUAUUGUAGUUGAUCCAAGCAAACAAA